AUGGCUCCCGCCGCGACCCCCGCCACGCUCCGGCACCCUGGCAGCGGUGGUGGCGCAGCCUCGGCCCACCCCGUCGGGCUCGCCCCGUCGCGGCCGGACACCUGCUGGCAGAGGGCCGGGCUGCGCGGAGCCCCGGCACGGCGUGGGACGGCGGCCGCUGCUGCGCUCGGUAACGUGACCUCGGCCCCGACGGGCGGCCUGUCUCGCUGUCGCCGCCGCUGCCGCCGCCUCCGAUCCGCCCUCCCGCCCGCUGUUGAUGUUUCCGGGUCGAUGCAAACAACCGCGGUGCCCGGCCCGCCCCCUGCACCCUCCCGCCGGGGCUCUGCCCCCGCAGAGCAGCCCGUGCUCCACGGGGAGCCCUCGCCUCACCCGGGGGACCCGGCCCCGGGGGAGAGCCCAGACCGCCGAGGGCUCGCCGUGCGCUGGAUGGGGAGCCCGGGGAUGGGCAGGGAGCGGGACUUCACCUGCUCCUCACUGGCGGGCCUACAGGCGGGACAGCUGUCCUGCCGCAGCCGCCAGGCUCCCGGGUUCAACAGUGUCACCCCUCCCUGCCGCCGCUAUGCUCCAGAUGCCCAUCUCUUGGAAUACUCCGGCGGGAAGGCGAGGAGAAACUCCCAAGUAUCUGCGGCCCUCGAUCCUUCUCCUCUCCCGCAUGUGGUACCUGCAAGGCUUGUGAAUUGUCUCACACUAUUAACAGACGGCUUGAUUUGCCAGUGACAUCAGUAUUAGUGCUGUCAAUGAAAUAUUUCCAUUGGCACCCUCCCCCUGGAGAAGGAGGAAAGAUGUGCUAUGGAAAGGUUAGAAACGAAGUGAUACCACAUGUGGGGACAGAGUAACAGCAGCCCUCCUGCUAAUAGUCCCUUUUGAAACAGCGUCAUUGAACUGAGGAGAGCGAAACGAGCGAUGGGGGGUCGUGCGCCCUGGCAAGGCAAUUUCCGUGUCACUAGCCGCCCUUGCAAAAACCACGGACCGAUCCACAAGCUCAGCCGCUGCCCACCUAGCCACUCCUUGGAGUUAACUGGGGUUUUCCAACUCCAUAAAGCAGGUUCAACAAGGGAUGCAUCAGACGGUCUGCUCCAGCUGCAGCCCCCCAGCCUGAAGGGGAAUUUAACUUGUCCGUGGCAUAAAACCUGGCACAACCACUGGCAUUUUCAAAGGUAAAGGACUCCACAUCUCACUAUCACUCAAAGAAAAAAACCGAGAUCCUCCCAUGUGACACUUUGCACAUUUCUUCCUAGAUUAAACAAGAAAUAAAGUGUUUUCUUUGUUGUAGUUUGGCAACCAAAUGGCACCUUAAUUUCUAGGCAGCAAUCCUGACGCGCAGGGCUCCCCUACGUGUUUCCUGGAUUGGGUCACGCUUUCUGGCUGGUCUCAUUUUCUUAGUCCCUUACAAAAUACACCACCAGGGAAGAGAAAUAUCAACGGGGGUUGGCGCAUUUUAACACAGGCAUCAGAAAUGCCACAGAAAUAAAGAGGGGGGGAUUUUAUUUGUUCCUUUAAAAGAGGCUGCAGAACUCUUUUUAUGUCAGCUGCCUCAGAUGUAAUUUUUACAAGUGGUGUAUUCAGUGCCGUUGGAGCCCAGGGCAUUGGAAGCGCUGUGCGUGCAGCCCACGGAUGUCCGAGUGUGAGGCUGGCACGCCAGCCACUUCUAUUAAAUACAGUAUAAUUAACUUCCAUUCCAAAAGGCUCUCCGCUUCUCAAGUGGAGCCACAGUCAGAGCCCUGCUUGUAGAUUUUGCACUGACAGAAUCUUGUAAACUGCAAUGAACCCCUAGGGUGAAAAGAGCUGUGUAUAAAUAAAAAUAAAAAUAUAUAUUUUAAAAGAAAAGAAAAAUAUGGAUCUUGAGCUCCCUUCCAGCUUUGCGGGGACAAACCCAGGGAAUGGAGUCCCGUUGCCCCCACGCUGCGGAAUGAACGCGGCAGACAUGGACAACCCCCUACUUGGAUUCCUCACAACUUUCUCCGCCCGGUACGUGUGGGCUCGCUGCGCCCUGCCCGAGCCCCAGCAGCAGCCGCUGCAAAGCGGCGGCACCACCGGAUAGGGAGGAAACCUGGGAGCCGGAGAACGACUGGGAGGGGAGGAGGGAGCACAGCACAGAGCAGCCGCCGGGCCCGCAGUGAUGAGCCAGGAGCUGCCCCGCACCUGCCGCGGCGCGAAGGUGAUGCCCGGCGGGAAUGCUGGCGGGCUCCCGCUGCCGGGGCCGAAAGGUGCCGUAAGCAGCGGUAAGGUCCGAAAGUUUCGGCGGUAGGCAGAGCGGUGCUGGAUAGAGAUGCUCCGGGGGCAGUGUCACAAUUAGCAAGAGGGGAGGGUGAAGUCGGUCCCCUUUCCAGCCAGACCCUACCCCUGGCAGGGCCAUGUUCAGCCCGGAGGAGCUGCGCGCGUCCUGAGCACCGCGCCCAACAUCUGUCCCUCUUAGAAACUUUGCCGCUGUGUUUUCAGGGCACUUUUCGGAGCAGGAGCAGAGAAAGAAGUGAUUCAGUACUGGGAUAGCAAGGCAAGCGCUGCCCCGGAGCCGGGACGGCGGCGGCAAAACGCUCGCCCGCCGGGGGCGCGGGGUACGCGGGGCGGCAGAACUCCGCAGCCCGGCCGCGGCGUGCCCGCCUGUCUUGGUGUGCCGGGAGCGCCGG